AUGCCUCCCGUACCUGCUGGAGUUGCAGGCCAGCAUGGCCCAUCAACAUUCGAAAAGGCUAAAAUGGGUGCUAUGAUGGGUGCUAGCGUCGGACUCUGUAUCGGGCUCAUCUUUGGUGUUACUAAUAUUGUCCGGUUUGGGCCAGGACCGAAUGGCUUCUUGCGAACACUCGGACAGUACAUGGCUGGUUCGGCAGCCACCUUCGGGUUUUUCAUGGGCAUUGGCACGGUAGUGCGUACAGACACAGAGCGAAAAGCACUGGAAGAAUUCGCCCGAGCCAGACGGCGACCUAUGGUCCUUCCCGCUGAGUUCAGAUACCCACAGUCACGGCAGAUGAAGCCUCUGCAUUAA